CGAUGAAGAUGAUCUAAGUAAGCCGCAGCCAGUUGCAAUCAUCCGACAAAUAUGGACGGCGAAAACCGCAUCAUACUCAACGUUGGAGGCAUUAGGUAUGAGACGUACAAGGCGACACUGAAGAAGAUUCCGGCCACCCGGCUCUCGCGGCUGACGGAGGCCCUGGCCAACUACGACCCGGUGCUGAACGAGUACUUCUUCGACCGUCACCCGGGGGUGUUUGCCCAAGUGCUCAACUAUUAUCGUACAGGGAAGCUUCACUAUCCGACCGACGUCUGUGGGCCGCUGUUUGAAGAGGAGCUGGAAUUCUGGGGCCUCGACUCGAACCAGGUCGAGCCGUGCUGCUGGUCAACUUACAGCGUCCAUCGGGACACCCAGAGCACGCUGGCGAUACUGGACAAGCUGGAGCUGGAUGACGAGCAGCCGUCGGAGGAGGCGAUAGCGCGGCUGUUCGGCUUCGAGGAGGCACUGCUGAACGGCGAGCUCACUUGCUGGCAGCGGACCAAGCCCAAGAUCUGGGCCUUGUUCGACGAGCCGUCCAGUUCCACCGGCGCCAAGAUUGUGGCCGGAAUAUCGGUGUUCUUCAUCUGCAUUUCUGUGAUAUCCUUCUGCCUAAAAACGCAUCCGGGUCUGCGGGUGGAAAUUCCGGCCAUUCUCAACCUAACGACCAACGGCACCGGGCCGGGUCCGAACUGGCAGGAGACGUACGGCCAACCGCACGAGGCCUUCUUCUACGUCGAGCUCGUCUGCAACGUGUGGUUCAUCAUCGAGCUGACCGUCCGGCUUGUGGUGUCACCGAACAUCGUGGAGUUCAUACGGUCGCCCGUCAACAUCAUCGACCUGGCGGCCACGCUCAGCUUCUACACCGACGUCUGCCAGCGGAUGGGCGAGCAGACGGGCCUCCUGGAGGCGUUCUCGAUCGUGCGUAUCCUGCGGCUGUUCAAGCUGACGCGCCACUCGCCCGGCCUGCGCAUCCUGAUACACACCUUCAAGGCGUCCGCCCGCGAGCUAACGCUGCUGGUGUUUUUCCUCGUCCUCGGCAUCGUCGUCUUCGCCAGCCUGGUGUACUACGCCGAGAAGCUGCAGGAUAAUCCGGACAACCAGUUCAAGAGCAUCCCACUCGGCCUCUGGUGGGCCAUCGUCACGAUGACCACCGUCGGGUACGGGGACAUGGCACCGAAAACAUACGUCGGCAUGUUCGUCGGCGCACUGUGCGCCCUGGCCGGCGUGCUCACGAUCGCCCUCCCGGUUCCGGUCAUCGUCAGCAACUUCUCCAUGUUCUACUCGCACACGCAGGCCCGCUCGAAGCUGCCGAAGAAGCGCCGCCGUGUCCUGCCGGUGGAGCAGCCGCGCCGGAAGCGCGAUGUCGGCGUCGCCAACCGGCGGGUGAACGCGAUGAAACACCAACACACCCAACCGGCGACCCAUCCGGCCAUCUUCAAGGAUGCUUUCGGUGGAGCGAAAAUUGGUCACGUGAAUGGCGUGAAUGUGAUAGGACUCACGCUGCAAGGACCGUCCGUGCCGGGUCUGGCCGUCCUCAAGCCACCGGCCGCCCUGCAGCAAGGUGAUUUCAUCAACGUCCCUCAGCUAAGCUCGCUGCAGCCGCGGCAACCGACGACCGGAAAUGUAGAUUUAUUGCUGCCAUUACAGCCGAAAUUGCUCGUUCCGCUGGUGGCAGAGCGGCGAGAGUCCAAACCGGAAGAGAUGGUCCUGCCGGAGCCGAAAGUUACGCUGCAGUGCGCCGACCCGAGCGUCGCGUCGGGUAACAACACCCCCGGGGACGACGAGGAGUCCUGAGCCGUGAGAUAUUGAAGCGCGUGUUUGCUAUAGGAAAAUUUAAAAUUUGAAAGUUUUGGCCAGCCCAAGGCGCCUUCGAGAAAACCCAGCACCCAGGGGUCCGACAAUUAACCAAAUGCAAAUGAAAUUCAAGUGGCAAAUGAAGUUGGAACUUUGGUGGAGUUUGGGCCAAGUCGUAGGAAGCAAAGGUUGCAAGAUGCUAAAGAGACGGUGCUGUAGAAAGAUGCUAGAUGAAGGAUGUUUUUGUCAUACAAAAACGUUGCCAGAAGUUUGAAAGGCCUACAAAGAGAGAGACAGAGACAGGUUCCCCCGGUGGUGCAGUCGUUGGCCACCGGUCCAAUGGUUCAAUGAGCGAUCGGUUACGA